UCAUUAAACACCAUUCAACCAGCCGAACGUGUCGACCUUUUUCGAGUGAUUUUAAGUUUUGAAAACGCAAACAAAAAUAUUAUUUUUCCGUGCUGUUUUCUCAUUAGCGUUAAAAACGACGGGCAAAAUAGAAAAUGAGUCUGAGUGCUUACACAUUUCAGUUUUAUUCAUACAAUAUGCCCUCCUAUCGACCGGGGGCCAUCAUCCACAAUGAUAGCAUGGAUGUUGAUGACAUUGAUUUGUCACAUCCGCCGCCGAAACCACCAAGAAUGGCAGCUUUACAAAAUCAAUUGGCAAAUAAUAAUGGCAGUAGCAGCAACAAUUCCAACAUCAAUAGCCAGCAGCCGGCCAUGACUUCUACACCAAAAUCUGUGGAGACCAUGAAAACGGCAACAGGACAAACAUUGGAGCCCAGCAUGCCGGCCCCGCUCAACUACUUCAGAGAUGUUAAUGAAACCCCAAAAUCAAUUUACUCAAGUGGUUUGGGUGCAGUGGUUGGUGCGACAACGACACUGCCACCUGUAUCUGGUGAAAUGCAAUUACAAUCACGUCGGAAUAUUCCACCAAAACGUUGGUCCCAUGAACUGCGAGCCAAGGCAUUGGAAAUGUCAAAACAUAGUUCGGGUAGUGCCGACAACACAUCCAGUGACAGCGAGGGCGACGGAGAGGUGGCCGAAGGUGGACGGCAGCAAAUUAAACCACAAACUAUGGUUGGCCACAAAAGUUGGUCAUGCCAAAUCAAGGAAAAGGCUUUGGAAAUGUCCAAACGGAAUUCGGUGAGAUUUGAAGAAGCCAACAAAGAGGAACAAGCUGGGGUAAAUACCAACAACUAUCAGCAAACUUCCCAUUUAUCGGAAAUUAAAACGAACAAUCAGAGCAAUGUAACAUUUGGCAAUACAUCCAUCAGCAGCAGUAAUGGAUGUGGCGGUGUUGGUGGGUCUAAUGACAAUAGCUUUGGAUCAUUUGGCAAUCUUAGCCUGACUAGCAGCAGUCACAACUUCAGCAUGGGUAACGAAAACCCAUCCUCACAGGAUACCUUAAGAUCCGUCAAGGAACGCAUAAGCUAUUUUAAUACGCUUACCACCGUGGGCAAUAACACAUUUAUUAAUCUCCUGAAAAAUUCCAAAACCCAGGCCCGGGCCACACUGAACAACACCAGCACCCAAAGUCUGAACAUACAUUUUGCAACCCCGGCAAAACCCAAACGCUGGUCCACCCACAUAAACUUGCACUUGGAGCAACCAACACCGGCGCCUGAGGCCCUCACAGCCAAGCCUUCACGAUGGCAGUCGAAUGCUUCAUCAUUGUCAACAUCAUCAGCAUCAUCAUCGAGCACGGCCUCAUCUUCAUUCUCGCUUUUCUGUCCACAAACACCGGCAACAGUAGCGAGUAGCCAACAAUUGUCGGUUGCAUCGGCAGCUGCUACAUUUUCAUUCCAGGACACAACCACAGCCACCUCGUCCCCCUCCUUUGCCUCAUUCAGUGGCUUGGCAGCCAACUGCAGUGCUGCUCCCCUGACCUCAUCGACGCCCAUCUACAACACAUCCUCAAUACAGCGUAAAAAUUCAUUGCGUCGUAAACCGUCCAUAGAGAAAUCACGGCGACCCAUACAAAGGCAAAAUUCAACGGCUGGGACGAAUGGGGGCACCAAGCCGCAAAUGCACGCCGUUAUGGAGGACUUAAGUUUGGUAAUGCCCGUUAAAUUACGUGUAGCCGAAUACGAGCGUCGAAUUAUGAUGGAAAGCUAAGACGAAGACAAAGGCAAAAUAAAAGAGGUGUGACCAGCAGCUGCAGACAAAAAUGUCUUCCCGUUGUGAUUUCCCACAACAAAAUCGUGGAAACAAAAAGAAAGAAACUUAGCCUAAAGUAGUUUUUGGAUUUUCAUAACUGGCGGAGAAAGAAACCAAGAAAGUGGCCAACGAUCCAAAAGGAUUUCAUUGGAAGGAACCAGCAGAGGCUUUCACUUUCUUUGCUUCAACCAACCCACCCACCCACAACAAAAAUAUAUAUUACCUUGAGGAUAGUAUAGUAUUUAUAUAAGUUUGAAACUUUUUUCGGGUUUGCCUUACCUCCCUUCUUCCCUCGGUCGAUUUUAUCGUAAUCUUUCUUUGCCCCAUAGACUUUGUUAAAGACUUUAUUAUCGCCCGGAUUUUUACUUUGUUUUAUUUAGUAUUUUAGUUGAACUUAGUCUUAGUGUUUAAGUGUACUUAUAGUCUCUAGCUUUGCCGCGCGCUCUCUCUCUCUCUCUCUCUCUCUAAAUGUGUAAGUGUGUUAGUAUGUAAGCAACAGCAUGUGUACUUAGUACAUAAAUAGUUUAGUGAAAAAAGAACAACUUUUAAAGUAUGUCUUUAACAAUAUCAAUAAAAAUUCUGAUGUUUUAAACAAAAUGAAA